AUGGCUGCCCCUAGUGUCCUCACUUUUGACGCUGAGGGUCGGGCCAUUGACUUUGACGUCUGGGUAGAUGACCUGCAGCUUUUCCUGCUGAGCGAUAGGGCAGACGGUCUCUCCCUCUUUGACCUCACUUCUGGUGCCUCUCCUGCACCUGCUGCUGAUGCUGACCCCACUGUUCGCUCACAGUGGGCCACGCGCGAUGCUGCUGCCCGCCUUGCUGUGCGCCGCCACUUGCCGACCGCUGAGCGUGCACACUUUAGCCAGUACAAGAGUGCUAAGACCUUGUACGACGCUGUAGUUGCACGCUACUCUUCCCCUGCCACUGCUGUGCUUAGUCGCCUCAUCCUACCGUACCUCUUCCCUGACCUCGCCGCUUUUCCCACUGUCGCUGACCUCAUUACGCACCUUCGCACUAGUGACACUCGCUACCGCGCUGCGCUUCCUGCUGAGUUCUGCGCCAAGAACCCCCCCCCCCCCAUGUACAUCACCCUCUACUACAUAGUCACCCGGCUCCCUGACACCCUUCGCCCGGUCAGGGACCACUUCCUCUCUGUUUGCCCCACCACCCUCACCGUUGACCUCCUCGAGGAGCGCCUUCUAGCGGCAGAGAAGAGCAUAGUCGCUGUAGGAGCCUCUCGUGGUGACCCUCGUACCCCUGUCUUUGAGGGGUGCUCCCCCUCUCCCCUCCUGCCCUCUGUUGCCUCUGCUGCUGCGGCCGACCUCGUUGGUCUUGAGUCGGUCGCUGCGGCGUCUGCCCCUAGCGGGAGACGCCGCCCUGGCAAGGGCAAGGGGGGCAAGGGUGCUGGAGGAGCUGGCGGGGGCGGUGGAGGCGGAGGUGGAGGUGGUGGAGGGGGUGGGGGUGGCGGUGGGGGUGGUGGCGGGGGUGGGGGCGUCGGUGGCGGCAGUGGAGGCGGAGGCGGAGGCGGCGGUGGCGGUGGGAGCGGAGGUGGCGGAGGUGGCGGUAGUGGAGGAGGUGGCGCCGGAGGAGGUGGAGCUGGUCGGGGUGGCGCUGCGCAGAGGGUUGGCUCCGGUGGUGGUACGCGCCAGCAGCAGCAGCAGCAGCGUACUCGUGAGACCCCUUCCCCCCAGCAGCUUCGUGAGUGGUACACUGCUCGUCAGCGGGGCGGGGGUGCUGGCCCCUGCACCUACGUUCUCCGUACCGGCGACCGCACGGGUGAGCAGUGUGGGGGGGCGCACUCCACCCAGCGCUGCUUCGGCCGUCUGACGGACGCGUGGCGUCACCAGUUCCCCGACGCUACGGAGAUCCCUCGCUGGGGCGAGCUGUCUAGGGCGGGUGUUGCGAUCUUUGAUCUUGAUUAUGAUGCUAUUCUUGCUGCCAUGUAUGCUGUGACUAUUAGUGAUGAGGGUGACUGUUACCGGUGUUUUCCGCCUGACCCAGGCAUAGAGGCUGCUGCUCUAGGUGCUGGUGAGGCUACUGCUCUAGGUGCCAGUGCGUCUGCCGCCCCAGGUGCCGGUGAGUCUGCGCUCUCAGGUACUGCGUCGUCACCUGCCACCCACACCUUCACCCUUGACUCGGGUGCUUCCCGCUCCUUCUUUCGAGACUGCACCACUCUCACGCCGCUCAGUCGGCCCGUUGCAGUCUCCCUGGCGGACCCCUCUGGGGGUCCUGUCCUUGCCCACUACUCCACUGUCCUACCGUGUCCAGCGGUCCCGUCUGGCUCCCUGUCGGGUCUUUACCUCCCCUCGUUCUCUACGAACUUGGUGGCGGGUGCUGACCUACAGGAUGGGGGAGUUGACCAGUUCACCCCUGCUCGUCAGCGGGUGACUCACUGCACGUGUGCGGACACGGGCCGACACUUGGCCACGUUUACCCGUCGGCCGGGGUCGAGCCUGUACACACUGACUACUGAGUCUCCUCCAGUCGCUGAGUCUGCUCAGGUAGCGGCGUCGGGUCAGGUGUUUGCUGCGGCGUCCAGGUCUGGUCCUGAGUCUGCCCCCUGCUCGUGUCGUCUCCUGUCCCACCGGACUCUCCUCUGGCACCACCGCCUUGGUCACCCCUCCCUGCCUCGUCUUCGAGGCAUGGCUUCCCGUCUUCUUGUCUCUGGCCUCCCCCGGUCCCUCCCUCCCCUUCCUCCGGGGCCUGCCCCCACCUGCGUUCCCUGCGUCGAGGGGCGGCAGCGCGCUGCCCCUCACUCCUCCGAGUUUCCUCCGACAGAGGCUCCGCUGCAGACGCUUCACAUGGACGUGUGGGGCCCCGCCCGCGUCCGUGGGCAGGGUCACGAGCGUUACUUCCUGCUGGUGGUUGACGACUACUCGCGUUACACCACAGUCUUCCCCUUGCGCAGCAAGGGUGACGUCACUGAGGUGUUGAUCGCCUGGAUCCGCGCAGCUCGUCUCCAGCUCCGGGAGAGUUUCGGCUCUGACUUUCCUGUUCUGCGUCUGCACUCCGACAGAGGCGGAGAGUUCUCCUCUGACCUUCUGCGGGCCUUCUGUCGUGCACGAGGCAUCCGCCAGACCUUCACGCUUCCGGACUCUCCGCAGCAGAAUGGGAUUGCUGAGCGCCGCAUUGGCAUGAUCAUGGACGUCGCUCGUACGUCCAUGGUCCAUGCGGCUGCCCCCCAUUUUUUGUGGCCGUUUGCGGUUCGGUACGCGGCGCAUCAGAUCAACCUUCACCCCCGGGUCUCCAGGCCGGAGACCUCCCCUGCUUUACUGUGGACGGGGAAGGUUGGCGAUGCGUCUGCGUUCCGUGUCUGGGGAUCUCGGGCGUUUGUCCGCGACUUGUCUGCGGACAAGCUGUCCUCUCGUGCUGUUCCCUGCGUCUUCCUUGGCUUCCCUCCUGACGCGCCAGGCUGGCAGUUCUACCACCCCAUCUCGCGCCGUGUUCUGUCCUCCUUGGACGUCACCUUUGACGAGUCGGUUCCCUACUACCGUCUCUUCCCCUACCGCACUGCGUCCCUCCCUCCCCCGCCGCUCUUCCUUACGCCAGGUCCCCCUCCGGUAGACCCCCUCCCCCCUCAGGGUCCUGCUCCCUCAGGUGUGUCCCAGGUAGAUGCAGUCGAGCCUGUCGAGGUAGCUGUUGACUCUGGUGCUGCUGGGGGUGCUGAGCCUGGGGGUGCUGGGUCUUGGGGUGCUGAGCCUGGGGGUGCUGAGCUUGGGGGUGCUGAGCCUGGGGGUGCUGAGCUUGAGGGUGCUACGCCUGGGGGUGCUGAGCCUGGGGGUGCUGAGCCUGGGGGUGCUGCGCCUGGGGGUGCUGAGCCUGGGGGUGCUACGCCUGGGAGUGCUGAGCCUGGGAGUGCUGUGUCUCGGAGUACGGAGCCUGAGGGUGCUGGGCCUGCUCGUGAGGCGUCUGGUAGUGCUGGGCCUGGCGGUGCUUCGGGUGCUUCGUCCCGGCGGGAGCUACUCUCUCCACAGGAGCUGCGUGAGUGGUUCGCCCGGCGCUGGCGGCGUGCUGCUGGAGCUGGUGGUGCUGCGGACGCUGGAGGUUCUGCUGCUGCUGAGGGUGCUGGUGCAGAGGGUCCCAGAGGUGCUCGUACAGGGUGUACUGGAGCUGCUGGGCCUACGGGUGCUCCUCCUGCUGGAGCUGGUGGUGCUACUGGUGCUACUGGCGUUGGUGCUGCUGGUGCUCCUGGAGCUGGAGCUGCUGCGUCUUCGUGUGGCUUGACUGGAGCUGGAGCUACUGGGGGUGUUGGCGCUGGAGGUGCUCCUGGCGCUGGUGCUGCUGAGGGUGCUGGAGUUGGAGCUGCUGGAGCUGGGGGUCCUCCUGGUGCUGGUGCUCCCGUUGGGAGUGCUGGUGCUGUUCCUGCUGGCACUGGUGGCGCUGCGCGGCCACGGCCGUACUUCACUGAGUCACAGUUACAGCCGGCCUCCCCGCUUCCUUCUCCUUCUCCCUACACUGGUCCUACUGGAGGUCUUGCUGAGCGUCGUGAGCCUGCGUCUCGCCCUGCGUCGCCUGUCCGUGCUGCUCGCGCUAGUGGUCGUGGUUCGCGUCAGCGUCCUCCCCCUGUCCCCGGCACGCACCGGAUGUCUCUGCGUCCUUCCACUGCUCCGCUGCGUGCCCCUUUGCCCUCUCCUCCAGCGUCCUCUCUUCCUGACCUUCCUGACCCUGAGUCGGACUCCCUUCGUGCUGCGCGUCCUACUGUCACACGUCUCCUUGCUACUGUCGUCACUGACCCUUCCUUUGAGUCUACUGCUGCGUCUGCCCCCUUGCUGAGCUUGUCGACUUCGCUGCUCGCUGUCGCCUAG